CGGAAGUAGUCUAUUUUUAGGCCAGCUUCCGAUGCCGAGGUGCCUCCGGUUGAAAGAAGGUGUGCAAGAUGUUGUCUGUGGACUUUUUGGACGAUGUUCGGCGGAUGAACAAGAGGCAGCUGUACUAUCAAGUGCUAAACUUUGGUAUGAUUGUAUCCUCUGCACUGAUGAUCUGGAAAGGUCUCAUGGUGGUCACUGGCAGCGAAAGUCCUAUAGUUGUUGUUCUGAGUGGCAGCAUGGAGCCCGCAUUCCACAGAGGAGACUUGCUUUUCUUGACCAAUCGCGUGGAUGAUCCUAUUAGAGUGGGGGAAAUAGUGGUCUUCAGAAUAGAAGGAAGAGAGAUACCGAUUGUACAUCGUGUUCUGAAAAUUCAUGAAAAGGAUAAUGGAGACAUCAAAUUUCUGACAAAGGGAGACAACAAUGCUGUAGAUGAUCGAGGGUUGUACAAGCAGGGACAGAACUGGCUGGAGAAGAAGGAUGUGGUGGGAAGGGCAAGAGGGUUUGUGCCCUAUAUAGGAAUUGUGACAAUUCUUAUGAAUGACUACCCUAAAUUUAAGUAUGCAGUUUUGUUCCUGCUUGGACUGUUUGUCCUUGUACAUCGAGAAUAAAAACCUGGAGUUUGGAAACAAUCUAUCAGCACAGAUUCAGUCUGUGGUUACCCAUCUGUAACUUGUCAGAAUGAGAAUUCUAUAAGGACAGAUCUCAUCUAGCAGUGUACAGUUUUACAUAUAAAACCAGUAUUUCUUUUCUUUUUUUUUUUUUUUUUUUUUUUAUACAUGUGUAUAUGUGCUCACUUCUCAUUAAUGCAGAGACCAGAGAGAUUUAAAAAAAAAAAUUUUGCCCCAAUCUCUGCCAUGGUUUCUACCUCCGUGGCCUCAUACGGGUCAUUUAUGAAUAUCUACUGCACUGUUUACAUUUUUUUUUUUUUUUUGUACUUUGAGUGGUAUUUUUUAUUAUAUUUAAUACCAAAGUCCCUCAUUGUUAAAAAUAUGAAACCUGUCUACAUUUUAUUCGGAAGUGCCUAUCAAAGAAUUGUUGUGGUCUGCAGUAAUUUGUCUUCAGUCAGAAAAAGCUUAAUCUAGAUAAUGUUGGAGUAAUAAAAAGUGAUUAUAUCAAGAUGUUUUCUGCUAAAUUAAGCUUUUGCAAGCAAAAAGCUCUCGUUGCUUUUCAUUAUGUGUAAGUCAAGGCAUCCGAAUAAAGGCUUGGUGUACUAGAGAAACUCCUAGUAAAUGCAUUAAAACUUUUAGAGAUACCAUAAAAUUGUCUUUUAUAGUCCCGUUUUGUCAGAUGCAGCCUAGAAUGGGGAUUGCUACAGAUGCUCAUGUUGGUAACAUUUAUAGUCACAUGACACUGGGUGAUCCGCUCAGAAAAGAGGUAAACAGUACAAUGGAGCUCUUUGGGCAGAGGGGAGAGCUGCUGGUAUCGGAAAUGUUUUACUUUCAGCGUACAUUCUGAGCCAUGGUGCAAGCGUCAGGAUUACUAUCAUUUUAUUGUGGUUCCACCACUACUGCCUAGAGGAGCUGACUUGCCUGAUAUGUUAAGAAUGCAAACUGUAAAGCAAUAAUGUGAAAGGUCGGGCACAUUGAUUAGGGUGUAAGGAUUGCUGCUGAUGAAAACAAAAUUGCCUUGACUUCCAGUUUAAAAUGUAGUUUGUUUUUAAAAAAUUGUCUUACUCCCUGGAAGAUGGGAUAAUUACUUUUUUGUCUUUCUGUCUUCCAUAACUCUGUUGUCUACCCUUUCUUCCUGGGUUAAACGAGAUCUUAAUGGAACAUUUAGAUUACAACAUCUAAAUGACAGAUCCAUGCAUUUUCUUUUAUCUUUAAAAAAUUUAGUACAUUAGUAAAACGUAAUUUAAUUGGAACAGCAUUACAAAAGUAGCCCUAUAUUCAUGCAUCAUUAAUGCAAUCCAACUUACCCCCCCACCACAAAGUUAUUUUGACGGGAGUCACUUUGGGUGGAGGGUUUGUGGAACCCAGCUUACCUUGGAGAGCUCUGGAAACUACUUAUCAAGCUCCUCCCACCCUCAUAUGUGUAAAUCACUGAUCAAGGACAAUCCAUUACAAGUCUUGUUAUGAUGCUGCUGUAUGAGGAAUCGCUUCAGUGGAGGUUCUUGGCCAUUCUAAUAUCUAAAUAGUUGACUGGAGUUCCCUAAUCAGGUGAAGAUUGCCUUCAAAGAAAAUUAGUUUUAUGGUUAGCCCAAGUUAAAGUAAUACAAUGGCAAGAUGCUAAAACUAAUAGCAACAAUCUGCUUAACCUUAUGGACAAAUUAGGGGCAUGUGUCAGCUGGCCUAGUUAUGGAAGGAGAAGUUACAUUUUCGCGCACUCGUUGCUUAGGGAAUGUUUCAACAGGCUUCUGACUUAUAUUGAUGACAUCAGUUUGAGACACUUAUGAGAUUAUUCAGAAUUCGCUGAUGGGUGCCUCUGGCCUGCAGUGUACUUCUUUCAAGUGGGUGUUGCAUUCCGAUAGAUGUGUAUGGGAUGUCAAAAACCGCUGGAAGCAAAUAAGUUUCAUACUUUUCAUUCAGUUCCUUCAAA